UCCCAAACUAGCUUAAAUUCCGUUUUUAGAAUCUACAAUUUAUAAUCAUGGCCGAUACAUCCUAUUAUAAAGAAUUGAAAGAAGAAAGAACUAAAAUUGACAAUAGUCUUAGGAAAGUUAUAGCAAUAGUUGAUAAAGAAAUUGAUAAACUAGAAACUGGGCUUACUGAAACAGACGAAGCCUUAAAAUUUAUAGAUGCCACUAAAGAAAAACCCAUAAAGAUAAGAGAAAGAAUAAUGAUACCAAUAAAAGAAUUUCCUAAAUUCAACUUUGUUGGCAAAAUAUUGGGACCUAAAGGAAAUUCAUUAAAGAGACUUCAAGAACAGACUGGAUGCAGAAUGUCUGUUUUAGGCAGAGGAUCUGUCAGAAGCAAAGAAGAGGAGGAUAAAUUGUUAAGUACUGGUGACCCUAAAUAUAACCACUUGAGACAAGAUUUACAUGUUUUCAUUGAAUCUUAUGCACCACCACUAGAGGCUUAUAGUAGAGUUGCCCAUGCUAUUUCUUUGUUAAAGAGCUACCUAACACCACAAGAUUUCAAUGAUGACAUUAGAGCUGCUCAGUUUGAGGAACUUUCUAUGAUUCAACAAACUGGACCCCCUAUGCAUCAUCCACAGCCACCUAAUUCUUGGAAAACACCUCAACCUGGGAACAAAAAAAUGAGGACAUCUAUUGGUAUGAGUGGACCCCCUCCUCCUAUAGGUGGUCAAGGUGUACCCACACCUCACAAGAGAUACGCUCCUCCCCAUCAUGCUGGACCUCCACCCCCUGCCCAAUAUGGUGGUGGCUAUGGAGGAGAAAUGGAAUAUUCAUAUGGUGAUGGCUAUGGGCCAAGUGGAGGUGGAGUUCCACCAAGUCACUACAACAAUGGUUCUUCCUACAUGCAUCAACCACCACCUCAACAUGGAAGAGGUGACAGAUAUGGAAGGCCCAUGCCGUCUACUGAAUACAAUCACUUGGCACCUCAGGAUGGCUAUGGUUCAGGGCAAUUCAAACAGCCUUAUGAUAACAGUCCAUCCAUGCCUUCUCACAAGCAACCUCACCUUGAAAGAGGAAGACCAGGAGCAAGAUGGUAAAAAUUUGGAAAUUAUGUACGGAACACUACACCUUAAAUUAAAAAUAGAUGUAUAUGACACUUAUUUUAAAAAUUUGUAGAAUUUGUAAUAAUAUAUUACCUAAUUUUUAUAAAAAAUUUUUGGCGUGAUUGUAACACUUUACAUCAUAUAAUUAAAAUGUAUUAUUAUUAUUUAGAUUUAAAAGUAUUUUAUCAAUCCAUUUAUUCUUUUGUAUAUAUUAAAAUAAUUGUAGCAAUUAUUUU